CACAGCGCUUUAUUUAAGGAUCGCAUCAGCAAUGAAUUGUCCCACAAUCCGUCUGGAGCUCCCUCGCUCCCACUUGGCCCGAGGCUCUCGGUCGCGAGGGCAAAACUUGCGCUGUCCAGCUCACCACACAGUGUCCACGUCUCCUCUCUUGGAGUCAGCCAUUCCCCCGCUUGCUCCGGCUCACUACUGCUUUUAAAGGGAGAACAUAAUCAGACAACUCGCUGCAGCUGUAGCAAUCAGUCCCUCCCUACCUGCUCACCUGAGCCACCACCUCCUCCCCACACCCCCUCCACACCACCACACCUGCAUAACCAACUUGGAAAAACUCAGUAUGCACACCGUGAAGCUGGCAUGCAACCACACGCUACAAAGACAGAGUCUGUGUAGCAGGGAUAAAAUCGAUGAUUUGGAGACAGACAAGAGGGAGUUGGUCGGUGUCUUUGGUAAAACUGGGGCUGGAAAGAGCUCUUUGAUAAAUGCCGUCAUUGGAGAGAAGAAUCUCUUGCCCACUGGAAGUAUCAGUGCAUGUACAUCAGUCAUGAUCAAAGUCGAGGCUAACACAGAUGCUAACCAACAGAACAAAACCUAUCAGGCGGACAUUGAGUUCAUUAAAAAAGAGGAGUGGAAAGAUGAGAUGUUUCAUUUUCUGGGUGAUAAAGCAAGUCAGAAAGAUGACGAUUAUCCUGACUUUAAGGAAAAGAAAACAUAA